AUGUCAGAACACCAGGCACUUCUGCAGUUCAAUAAACAGGUGGUAAAUCUGGAGAUGGUUCAUUUUUUGGCCGCUACAACAGCGUCAGUGAUCAGCAUCAAUGACACCGACGUUCGCCAUGGAUCUACGGUGAGCCUGGUAGAUUUCAUUAAAUCGUUGAUCAGGCACUCUAACGUGCAAACUCCGACACUGAUGGCUACUACAGUCUAUUUGACUAAACUGAGAUCUAUUCUACCUCACGAUGUAUGCGGAAUCGAAACCACUAGACAUAGGAUAUUUAUCGGAUGUUUGAUCCUUGCAGCAAAGAACCUGAACGAUUCUUCCCCAUUGAAUAAACACUGGACUAAUUAUACAGAUGGUCUUUUCACUUUGGAGGAUGUAAAUACCAUUGAAAGAGAACUGCUUUCGCUGUUUAGUUGGAACUUGAAUUUUAGUAUGCAGGAAUUGGUACAGGCACUUUCUCAUUUCUUAGUACCGAUCCAAUACCAGUUGAGUACCAAGAAAUCGAUACAGAACCAAGGUGCCAACAAAAAUUGUUCACAUCUGUUAUUCAACGCACCAGUGAGUGGGCAAACAAAAAAUUUCCUCAAUACAGAAGCGCAUUCAAGGUCGUCAUCUCACAUGUCGAUCCCCUCUUUGUCUUCAUCGAACACAUUGUCUACAAUAGACUCGAUGGCUUCUUCGUCAUCGUCACUAGCAUAUUCAUCAUCUUCUGGCUCGUCCUCAUCUUCUGGUUCGUCUUUAUCCCAAAGCAAACUGAAAGUUAUCAGUGAGGAGCCAUCCGCAAAGGUCACACCAAGGAAGAAAUUUGGUCUAACGAAGCCUAUUAUGUUGAAUUCUAAGUCUUGUACGGACUUUAAAGCAUUGCCUGCACAUGCAGUCACAAACACAAAUAAUAUAUCUUCAAAGUCAGGCUGGGCUUCGAUAUUCCAUUAA